GCCCGCAAAAUCGCACAGCUAGAGCAAAUCCUCACUGAGGAGACGCAAGACGGCCCAGACAGCCGUAGGCAAUUGCUGGCGCAGCAUCAUAGAGCCGUGUUCGCCCUUUAUUAUCAGCGGGAAGUCGAAAUGACGCAAUUCCGAUCUUGCUUGUGCACGCAUGGAUUUCUGCUUCGGCUCCUGGCAGCUGACAAGGGACUGAGUUGCAUUAAGUUCUUCAAAGCCAAGAACCCAGGGGUGCUGUUCAUCGACGAGACCAGCGAGCUGGAAGUGGGCGCCUUUCUGUCCCUCACAGCAACUUUUCCACAGGCAGUCUGCCUGCUGGACAGCGGCCAAACCAUGAGCAAGGCCAACAGCACCAAAUUACAACUGGAUGACGAGCCGACGGAAGUGCAGACUGCAGAACUUCUCAAGAACACACGCAGAUUGGAGAUGAACGAGACCUACCGCUUGGGAGCAUCAGUGGUCCAGGUGCUACGUUCCUUGCACAGCGUCUAUCGCAACCUGCGCAGUGUGGCGCCCACUGAAGCUGAGCUCCGAGUGCAUGGGAAGAGUGGGAAGCUGAUGGGCACAGUGAAGUUCGUGGGGCAACGACCUCCGCGGACACGGCCGGAGCACUGGCCGGAUCGAAAACCCG